AUGGCGAGCAUUCUUGCUAUAUCUAAAAGUCCUGUGGAUCCGUCGAGAGAAGCAGAUGAUGCCGCAUCCGAGCCUUCGGUAGACGCAGAAGUUACACAGCGCUCUUUCGAGCGGCAAAGAACCAUUCGGAGGGAAACGAUGCCCAAUGAGCGGCUCACCAUAGCCGACAGAACCUUGUCUUCCAGUCUUCCGCUUCGUACUCGUACUGGAUCUCUGAUUUUCCGAAGUGCCGAGCAAGAUGUUGAAGCGCCGCUUGAUGAACGAACAGAACUUGAGAGGCAGGAGGUUCCCGCAUCAAUCCACGUCCCUGGCCGCGAUGAGGACACUGAUCAGGUUGGGAGAUCGCCCACGACCGCUUUCGAGGCUGACUCGGAACCUUUCGCGCUCCAUAUGUAUCAGCGAAUGGCCGAGGAGCCAUCUGAAGAAGAACUUGAGCCCGAGAGCCAAAGCGCUACUUCAGUUGGUGUCAACAAUCUCGAAGAACCGGCUGGUCAGUUCGAAAGAGCAUCCACUGCGAAUGUUACAUUCGAUCCCGAAUUACUCGCACUUGACGUCUAUCAACGGAUUGCCGAAGAACCGCUUGAAGAGGACUCUGAGGCUGAAAGUCAAAGCGCUAUCGCGUCGACCAAUGUCAACGUCAAUGAGGCAACGAGUAGUCGAAUCCAGAGAGCACCGACUGCUAAUGUAUUAUCGAAUCCGAACUCUUUUGCGCUCCGCGUAUAUCAACGCAUCGCUGACGAGCCACUUGGGGAAGAACCUGAGCCCAACGCUAUUGCGCCGACGAACUCCAACAGCACUGAGGAUAUGACUAGUCAAAUUGAGAGAGCACCGACUACUCAAGUCUCUCGGACAGUAGAGCCCUUGGAACAUGUCAAAGCUCGAAGCCCGACUGGCACGAUGCCCCCCGUUGAGAGACGUGCCACACAGACUUCACCCGGGUAUCCAGCGAACAUACCACGGGCUGUAACAAUAGCUCGCGACGUAGAGCGCAAACAAAGCAGUGCCGCUCCUGACCAACUCGAUAGAGCACUUACCAUGCGAUCCUCUCCAGCACUGGAGCCUUCGGUAUAUAUCGACCCUGAAGGCCUGCCAUCAAAGACUGUCCCUCUCGAAAGAGUGAGGACACAGGCUUCACCUGAACCCUCAGUCGAUGUACCACGGGCGUCAACAAUACCUCUCGAAUCGAAUCGAAGACGAAGUAGCGCUGCUCAAGGGUUCACGCCAUCCGCCCGAGGACCAGAGCCUUCAGUACACUCCAGCGCCGAAGCUGUGCUGGAUGAGACCCCGCAGGUACAGGGAAGAUUGAGAGUAGCGCCCACAGAGCCUCGCACAACCGAUCGUCGACGCAGCAGUGCGGCCCCUGGUAUCACAGCGUCUCCUCCACAGACCAUCCUUGAGGGCAUAGAAGUCGGAGCGCAAACUAAAAGCCAGACGAAGAAGCCGAGGCAAGGCGCGAACUACCCACCUGAGCAGCAAUAUCCGCCAGCGCCUGCAUAUCCCCUACGGGAGACUCCCUCAUGGACAAAGCCGGACACUCGGACUCCAUCACCAAAGGUGAAAGCCCGUCAAUCAAGCCAGCCUGCCCUAGACCCAUCAGAAGUGCAGCCAUUUCUGGAAGCGGCACCUGGGUCGCCAGAAGCCCCAGGGGGAACGCAAAAAAGGCAAAACAGCUAUCCGAGCCAAACCAGACAGGCCACCUAUCGUCGAGACUCCAGUGCCACUUCUAUCCGAAGGGCAGACACUCGACCAAGGCAAUCCUCCGUCUACGCUAACAAGGGCGACUACUACCCACCUCAAUACCCGAGGAUUGGCCUCAGGACGAACCGCGUGCGCAGUACUCCCGUCGCGUCUCGUCAGGGCCCCCUCGCCGCCAAUCGCAAUCUCAAGGAGGUAUCUACUCCCAAAGAGAUGCUGCAGUCAGUUCCAGAGCACCCACGUUCCAAACUAAGCUGGAGACUGAGGACGAGACUUCUCGAGCGAGUCAAGACCCCUAUGAAGAAGACUUUCAGGAACCUGUCCGGAGAGACGUACGCAGGGCAACUGGCAUGGGAAGCCCAAUCGCAAAAGCGGAAGCAACGCCCAAAGAAGGAGCUCAGUCGCCUGAGACACGACAAAAGUUUUCUCCAGUUCCCCAGAAAGAAGGCCCGUCAGACGAAGGAGAGUCAGAUCAUUCGCCGAGCCGGUUUCCGGAACUGUCUGGUGCUCAAGUGCCAAGGGGACAAGAGCAAGAACAAGAGCCAACAGCACGAACCGAAGAACAAAGGCGGACUGAAGUGGUUAUGGAAGAAGAUCCUGCGCCUGCCGACGCCAAGGUUGCACAUGAUGAAGACAUACCCACCCGCCGUCGCAUCGAUAGCUCAAGCGGGCCCUUCGAAGAUGACAAUGCCUGGAUCAACAGCACGGUCGACCUCUCGCGCUCAAAGACCAUCCCAAGAUCAUCCACCGGAGAUGAAGGUGAUCGAAGACUUUCAGGUGCAAACCCAGAAGAAGCGCAAAUCGCGCGAGCAAACACUCGUCGUGCAACCUCAGGACGAGUGCCUGAAUCCGCAACAGCCUCACAAUCUGCACGAAAAGACUCAACAACCGCCACGCGAAGGCUAUCGUCGUCAGUCAAGAGGACGAACACGCGGCGGAAGUCAUCAGCAGUCGGAGAAGACAGAGCAGCGCCAAUCCUCACAGAACUACCAACGGUCUCCAGAGCACCGACACGAUCGGCGACGAUCCCCUCAAUAUCUCGACAAGCCAGUAUCCGGCGAGGGUCUGCCGCUCCUAGAAGGGGUACAGCAGUCUCCCCAGAAGCUUUGCCAGACAUUCAAGCCAGAUCAACAAAGGAAGGCAGCACAAGAUCAACCCCGCGGCAAGAGUCCAGAGGUGCGGCCUCGCCUGUCGCGGUACAACCAGGUCGACGGUCAUCUACUGCAACUAGAACAGGUACGCCAAUCUCCCGAGCGGCGUUACCAGAAUUUGGAGCCUCAAGGAGAGGGGGAGACGGACCUAUGUCGGCCACAUCACAAGGCUCGCGUGGUACAAUGUCGCCAGUCCCAGCUUACGACCGGGGAAAUUCUCCUGCCGGAAUACAACCAUCGAAAGGUUCAUUGGGUACAACCCAGCGCGCAGACCAGAUCUCAGAACAACAAACCCAGUCAAGCCCACGAACAGAACCAAGCGAUGCUAAGCCAGCAAUGCCGCGCCGAGUGA